AUGUCGACGCCUGUUGGCAACAAACAGCCUCAUGGCUCCCAGCCCCAGGCGGAUCCCGGCCAGAAAAACACGUCCACGCAGUUUUUUGAACCGGACGAGAAGCACGACAACCCUACGCGCGAUGACGAUAGCCACCGGGAAGCCGGUGUGAGCAAGGUCGAGGCCUUCAACAAAGUACUCUACCAGUCUGGCAAAAAAGGCAAGAUCCUGCUCUGGCUGCUUGGUGUUUCCGUCGGGCUCACCAUGUUUGCCUAUGCCCUCGACAUGGGCAUUACCACCACCAUCUUUGGCACCUUGGCUACCUCGACUUUCGGUGUACACAGCCAGCUAGGCACCGUAAAUACCGCUAGUCAAAUCAUCCGCGCCAUCAGCAAGCCUUUUAUUGGAAAGCUGGCUGAUAUCACCUCCCGACCGACUACAUAUGUUGUGAUUCUUGUUUUUUACACCGUAGGCUUUGCAGUUGCAGCGAGUGCCUACAACUUCACAUCCUAUACCAUCGGCAUCUGCUUCACGUCAGUUGGCAAAUCAGGUCUCGAUCUUCUUAGCGAUAUUAUUGUUGCCGACUUGACCCCUCUGGAAUGGCGCGGUUUCUUUGGCGCCUGCCUAUCCCUCCCGUUUAUCGUGACGGUGCCUAUCAAUGGUUUUAUCGGUGAUGGCUUUUAUGAAAAUUGGCGAUGGGGCCUGGGUAUGUUUGCCAUUCUGGUGCCUGCUCUUCUUAUUCCUGCUAUCUCUACGCUCUACGUGAUGCAGCGCCGCGGCGAGAAGGCGGGCAUGGUCACCAUUGCCGACUCUAGAGACGUCCGCGUAGGUGUUUCCGAGUCCACGCCUAAGAACUUUGUGUACUGGGCCAAGCUCGGUUACCGAGCUUUGAUUGAUAUUGAUAUUUUCGGUCUUAUCCUCCUUGGCUUUGCCUUCUCCCUCAUCCUCUUGCCGAUAACCCUGGCUAAGAGCGCCAAAGGUGGAUGGGACAACCCGAGUAUGAUUGCGAUGAUUGUCGUCGGCUUUGUCAUCCUUAUCAUCUUCAUCUUGUUUGAAGUCUUCCUUGCCCCUAAGCCUCUGAUGACGAAGCGAAUUUUGAAGAAUCGUGCUUUUAUUGCUGGAGUCAUUAUCCAUACCUUCAACCAAAUGGCCUCAUCCGUCCGUAACACUUAUUUUUCAUCCUACAUCCUCAUCAUCAAGGAUUGGACUAACUACCAGUGGGUCAUCUUCCUGGGAAUCACCACCAUGGGUCUCUGCUUAGUCGGCCCUAUCGUGGGCCUGAUUCACCGUGUUUCUCAUCGGUACAAGAGCCUCAUGAUUUUCGGCGCUGCGGCCAAGAUUCUGGGUUACGGCCUGCUGAUCCAACCGAGCGGCGACAUGACGCAGGAUACCGCACGUUUAGUGGCGGCACAACUCAUCUUCUGUCUCUCGUCUCUCAAUGUAGUUGGCGCUCGUGUUGGUGUCCAGGCCUCUGUCCCCCAUGACGAUGUGGCCUCAAUCAUCUCCAUCAUCACCUUGUGGUCUACCUUGGGAUCCAGUAUUGGUAGUGCCGUCGCGAGUAGCAUCUGGACGGAGCAGAUGAUGGACCAAAUGAACGUGGAGCUGCCCGGAGUUUCUCCCAGUGUCAUCAAGAAGAUCUAUGGCAACAUUAAGACGCUCAAGACUUAUGCGUUCAACGAUAGCAUCCGCCAGGGCUCCAUCCGCGCCUACGCUAUUGUCAACGGGCACAUCACCGUCGCUUCUAUCUGCUUAUCCGUAGUGCCUCUGAUUGCCUCCAUAUUCAUGCCCAACUACUACCUCGGCAAGCAGCAGAACGCCGCCAAUAACAAGGGUCUCGAUGGCGAGGUUGUCGACAUACCGGACAAGCGCGAGGGGAGUGAAGGCGCCGCGGCUCAGCCAAGGCCUGCAACAUUCUGGCAGAAGGUGCUUGCUUUGUACCACAAGUGA